UACGUCCAGAUGAUCAGAAUCAGCUUUUGGAGAUUUACUUUCCUGGAUGAUUGAGAAUGCAUCAAGACGUUUCCGCUGCUAUCAACAAGCUCGUAGCUAACUCCCAGAAAUCACGAAUACGUGACAGUGCAAGGAUACAUGUGCAUGUGCCUCUCUGUGGUGUGUCUGCACACUUAUUAGUGAGUCCAGCACCAAAGGUUGUUUGCUCUGCCUGUUCCAAUCAAAUUUCCCUUUGCCAGUAAAUCACUGAAUACUCUUGAAGCGGUCACUGCCUGAACUCUCUUCAGAGAGGGCGUUUGCAUUUUUGCACUGUGGGUGUGUGGGCGUAAGGCUCCCAGGAUGCCGCCGUGUGUCCGGUGGUGGGUUUUUAAUCCCGGAUUAAUGGAGGGAUGGAUGGUGGAGGAGGAGAGAGGUCGUCCUUUUUCUCUGUCUUAAUUUUUCUUCAGUGAUUUCACUCAUUCAGAGUACAGUAUCGGCACAAAGAGAUCUGACUGAAUGCAUGUAUUGUGCAACCUGUGUGUACUUUAGAAACAGUGAAUUUGUCCUGGGUGGGUCGUCACACGGGUAUAAUCGCUCAGCUACGAAUCACUUUCCCCUUUCUUCUUUACUUUAUCGUUUGCAUGUCAAUCGGGUAGAAUGUGACUUUGCAGGAAGUUUGUUGAUGUGCAUUUAUUUUUUAAAUUGUUUCUACAAUCACUGCUGUUGUUCCCACAUUGAUCGUUUCACCCUGUUGUAAAUGCUGUAGAUCAGAGGUGGGGAAGUCCCGGCCUCGAGCGCUGGUGUGCUGCAGGUUUUAGAUCUCACCCUGGGUCAACACACCUCAAUCAAAUGAUUAGUUUGUUCUCAGGCUUCUGGAGAACUUGUUGAGGAGGUAAUUUAGCCAAUUAAAUCAGCUGUGUUGGAUCAAGGAAUCAACUAAAACCUGCAGGACACCGGCUCUUGAUGCCUGGAGUUCCCCACCCCUGCUGUAGAGGGUCGGGUUCCCACCUUCCCACCCAAAACAUUUACGCCCCUCCUUCAGUGGAGGUAAAGCUUUUCUUUAUGACCACUAAUGCACCACACAGCAUCCGAGUCGAUAAGCUGUAGCAAAUUUUGCAUAAAAAGCCUUUUUUUUGAAUAAAAAGGACGUUUUGUGAGUCUGUGGUGUUCACACUUUCUCUCACUGGUGUUUCUCAGGGCACCUCAGGACCUGACCCCACAACUGUUUACGUUGAUAUGAGGGCGCUGCGACAUGACAGGGUCAGACUCGUAGAGCGGGGAUCGCCACACAGCCUGCCACUGAUGGAGUCCGGGAAGAUCCUGCCGGGGGUCAGAAUCAUCAUCGCCAACCCAGAGACCAAGGGACCAAUGGGAGAGUCGCAUCUGGGAGAGAUCUGGGUGCACAGCGGCCACAACGCCAGCGGUUACUUCACCGUCUACGGGGACGAGGCGCUGCAGUCCGACCAUUUCAACUCCAGGCUCAGCUUUGGAGACACGCAGACCGUCUGGGCUCGGACCGGAUACCUGGGCUUCCUGCGCAGGACGGAGCUCACCGACGCCAGCGGAGAGCGCCACGAUGCCCUGUACGUGGUCGGCGCUUUGGAGGAAGCCAUGGAACUCAGAGGGAUGCGUUACCACCCCAUCGACAUCGAGACCUCUGUCAUCAGGACGCACAAGAGCAUCACAGAGUG